AUGGCAAGAAAUUUAAACAAGCACUUUUCAUCAUUAACAUUUGCCAUUGGCGAAUUACUGACUUUGUCUUUGAAUCUUGGGAGUUUUCUUUACUUUUGCCUUCAAACGAUUUUCGAAAAUUUAAUUUCUUUAACGAUAACAACACAAAAGUUGACGCUUGACGAAGAAAUGCAUCGUAUCACAGUUGUUCGAUUAUCUCAAAGAGAAUGUGAAAGAAGCAAUGAAAUAAAAUAUGACACCAUCAACAGCCAUAAAUUCUACGCCAUAACAUUUGAUGAUGGGAGAACAACAUUUUUGUCUUCGUCAUUUCUUCAACAAAAUGAAAAUUUGUUGACUUCUGGGUAUAUAAAUAUUAAUCCUAAUUAUGACAACAGCGCCGAGUUAGUGCGUCAAACUAGACACAGAGUAUUGUGUCAUGUGAAACAAGUCACACCUGGCGCCUUAAAGAAAUUGAAACAGAAAGAAGUUAUUGACUCGCAAAGUCGAAAUUUCGAAUCAUUACCCAUUAGACGAAUUUUUACUCUAUUUGCUUUCAUGCCUCAUCCUUAA